UCAGUCCUUAAAUACUGCAGCAACUCCACGCUGGACUUCACUAUUUUCUUCAAGUAUUUGAGAAGAUAAACGUGAUCGACAUGUCUGGAAGAGGCAAAACCGGAGGAAAAGCCCGCGCUAAGGCCAAGACUCGCAGUUCCCGUGCCGGCCUGCAGUUUCCCGUUGGCCGUGUUCAUCGUCUGCUGCGCAAAGGCAACUAUGCUGAGAGAGUAGGUGCUGGUGCUCCCGUGUAUCUGGCUGCCGUGCUCGAGUACCUCACCGCUGAGAUCCUCGAGUUGGCGGGAAACGCUGCGAGGGACAACAAGAAGACUCGUAUUAUCCCUCGCCAUCUCCAGCUGGCUGUCCGUAACGACGAGGAGCUGAACAAACUGCUCGGAGGAGUGACCAUCGCUCAGGGUGGUGUUCUGCCCAACAUCCAGGCCGUGCUUCUGCCCAAGAAAACCGGCCAAGCUGCAGCCAGCACAGGGAAAUCUGGCAAGAAGGCCUCAUCGCAGUCACAGGAGUAUUAAGAGUAUUGCUGCACCGAACUGAUUCAACCAAACGGCCCUUUUAAGGGCCACCCAAUUCUUCGAAAAAGAUCGAAUUUCCAUAUUGACUCUGAAAUGAUCUGCUAGUGGUUUGCUUUUCCUCACACAAUAAAUGUUGUUUUAUAUA